GCCAAAUCUUGAGAGCAAAGAUCUAAUUGAAACAACAAGAUUGUUAUUGGGAAAGGGCACAGAAUCGCAAUUUAAGGCUUUGGCCGAUUCUUACCUCGAAUACAAAAUUGUUCAACCUAUUAAUAAUUUUCAUGGACUUCGGGACUAUUAUUUUUUAGUCAAAAGCCUUAGCGGUGGAGAGUCUGCACAAAUGGCUCUAGCAAGAAAUUUUGGAGGAACUAAUCGAAUUGAUGAACUUUAUAGGGUUCACUUUGAUAAAGUUAUGACAGAAUUUCAUGUUUCUAUUGACAAUUUCAAAAGUUAUUCUGUCGAAGAUCUCAUUAAAGCCAACAUAAAUGAUAAAAAUGCACGUCAUUUAAUGAUCAUUGGAAAAAGUAAUUCAAUCGUAAACGUUUUGGCAUAUAAAUUAAAACAAUGGAAUAAAGAAUUGGCAGAUGCUAAUUUGGACUUGGAACCUGUUGUUAUUUAUGGUAGUCAAUUUCCUAACGAUUUCGAUGGUGAUUAUCAAUAUAGUGUAUUGAGCCGUAUUAUGAUGUGUGUAGAGGAGGGAAGACCAUUAAUUUUGACAGAUCUUGAUACUAUCUACGGGAGUCUUUAUGAUUUAUGGAACCAAAAUUACAUAACCGUAGGAAAAGAAGGAAAUCAAACAUUUUAUACGCGCGUUGCGUUAGGAGCUUAUUCAAAUCCUAUGGUUUGCGUUCAUAAGAAUUUUCGAUGUAUAUUAGUUCUUGAUGAAAAAAAAGUAGAUUACUCGGAUCCACCAUUGUUAAAUCGAUUUGAAAAACAGAGAAUGACUAUUAGUGACAUAAUAGAUGAUGGCAUGGAAAGCUUAUUAAAUAGACUUAUAGAAUGGUCAAAGCAGAUAUCAACACUCGUAAAUGUAGAAGACGAAAUUGCAUCAAAAUUUAAUGAGAAUGAUAUUUUUAUUGGAUUUGAUAAAGAAGAAACAUUGCAAAGUUUAUUAAUUUAUAGUUGCAAUAAUUCGGAAUUAGGAGAUGAGGUGGCCAUUUUGGACAAGUGCAAAGAAUUGUUGAUAGGUAUAGCUUUACCAGAUGGAAUUGUACGUUCAAAAAAGUCAAUGUUAAAGAAUGAAGAAAUAGAUCAUUGGCAUAAUUUCUACUUUCAACAAGAUCAUGAAGAUUUCUCUGGUUAUAUUAGAUCAUUAUUGAGAGAUGUUAAAAGAUCACAAGGCUUUAGCUCGAUUAUUUACACAUUCUCAAAUGUUAACACCGAUGUUGAAUCUUGCUUAAAAAAUAUUCUAAAAUGUCAAGUUGAUAAGCUCUCAACAUUUAAGAGUGAGGCUCAGUUUCAAUCCCGUGUCAAACAUUUCUGGUUGGAAUCUAAAGAUGAUAUUUUAAUUUUACAAUGUGAUUUGGAUGCGGCAAAUUCAGAGUGUGUUAAACUUGCAAAAUUCAUUAUAGAACAAUAUAAAAAUGAAUUUAUGGCAAGCAAAUACUCUACCACACAGGUUAAACAUGUUUGUAUAAUUCUUCAUUUGAGGAAAGAAAAUGUCACUUCUACAACAUCAUCAUUUAAUUUCAUGUGUGGAUGGGAUCUAUUUACUAUUGAAACAUUAAUCCCUCAAGAAUAUCCUCUUCAAGCCUACCUAGAUAAAGAUUUAAUAAAUGUUCUAAAAACUGCUUAUACAUUUGAGAAAGUCGUUGAUCGAGAGUUAUUAUGGUGUUUACUUUGCAUAGAGUUUCCACCAUCUCAUGAGUCAACUGAUUAUAUUAAAUCACUCGUUCAAAAAAUUCCGCAUCAUAUGGAAUUUAUGAAUUGGUUGAAGACUAGAACAUUUGAAUAUCUGCACAAUAACCGCUUCAAAGAUUGGCAAUUAGAAGUUGCAGUAAACAAAAAAGAUUUAUAUUUAUAUUCUUCAUUCUCAACUGCUUUACAAGUAUAUAUUCGUCACCAAGUUAGAAAGCCUAUAGCACAACUCCUUUAUGCAUUAGAAAAGUUAUCAGGACUUUUAAUCCUUGACAGUGAUAAUUUAUUUAAUGAGGAAAACAAAAAUGAUGAUGAGGAUAAUAGUGAGAAUAAUAAUACUGCGUUCGCUUUCUGGGAGCCGAUAAUUAUGAAUAACAAGAUAGUUAACAUUGAAAAUAUAAGGAUGCCUUAUAUAAUAACAAACAAUAUUCGUAAUUUGAAACUUCCAUUUUCACGAUACUUUAUGGAACAGAUUGAUAAAUUAAGAAGUAUAUAUGAAGAUAAUUUAAUGAUGUUAGAAAGAGUUCCAGGCAAUAUCGAUGAAGAAACCGGUAACCUCAUGUCACAUAUCAUUGAUGAUUGCAUUGAAAGGUUUUCUGAACAUGUUAAGUCCAUAGUUCCUGUUUUAAAUUUACCACGAUCUAAAUUUCCAAGCAUAUAUUUUGAUGAUUUUGCGACUAUUGUUUCACAUGAAAAAACUGAUAAUAGCCAAUUAUUGCGCCGGAUUAUAUCUUAUAAUAUGAGACAAGAAGUACCGGAUCCUAUAAGACUUCAUAUAUUUUGGUGGGAUAAUGAAGAUUUAAUCUUAAAUGAAUUGCAAUUAGCCUUAUUAUUCCCAAAUAUUAUAGAAGAAAUACUUAAUAAAAAUUUUGAUGAAUUUGCCGAAAGUGAAGAACUGAACUUUGAUAAUUAUUUAUUUAAACGACAAUCAGAUAUCAUGAUUAAUCAAUUUUGUGACAUUAUUGACAGUAUUUGGAAGAAAGACGAUAAUAGCAAUAAAGAUGAUGAUUAUUUGGAUAGUAAAUUAAGCACUAAAGAUGACAAUAAUUUGGAUAGUAAAUUGGACAAAAACAACAAGGAACAAAAUAAAGAUAAACAACAUUCUAAUGCUUGUAAUGAGAACAACUCAGAUGAUAUACAAAUCAAACUUCAACUUUGGCAACGCCGUGUUGCAAAUAUUUUGUCAAUUGCUUGUAAUUUAUCAAAUUCAUUUGAUAAUCCAUCAUUAAAUGUACUUCGAGUAUAUAACGACUUGUCUAAAUCAAUUCCCUUAACACAAAUGCUUCAAAUUAGGCAACAUGGAACUGAUCUGUUUUCAGAACAAUCUAUUAACAUUAUUUUUAGACUGUUUGACCAAGUAGAGAUGACAGAAGUUAGUUUGUUUUCAAAAAGAUCAUUUAUUUAUAGAUGCUUAAACAUAAUUCCGCUUGAAUCACCUACCCGUUCUCAUCUUUAUGAAAAAAUAUUUUCUCAAGAACCUUUACCAUUUACCUUCCAUAACAUUUACUUAAUUUUUGAAUCAGAAAAUAGAGCACAAGAAGAGCCAUUGUUCUUUAAUCUUAUUAAUAAUCCAGAAAUACUAAAAAAUACCAAGCGACUGCAAGUUAUCGAAAACAUCUUAUCUAAUCAAAUGAACUCAGAAAUGGCAGCAUUAUGUUGUGAUGUUAUUCAAACUCAGCUCACAGAAUAUCAAUUUGAUAAACUAUGUAAUUACUUUCUAAAAGCAAUAGAUAUUUUAAUUAGCAACUCAAAAGCAUUACAGAAAAUUUCUGCAAUUUCCCUUUUGAAAGUAUUUGCGAAUGAAUUUUGGAAUCACACAGAAUUUGUUGUAACCGAUCCCAUCAAACUAAAUGAUAGUAUUAAUAUUAAUGAUCUAAACAAACGUUUGUCAAUAGUUCAUCCUUUGAUUCACUCAUUCACAAUAUAUUUGAUCAAGUCUUUAUAUUUGAAAGGAUUAACAACCUACGAAAUUAAACAGUUCUGUGAAGCGAAACAACAAAUUUUACCAUGGGUCAAAGUCCUAAAAACAGAUUGUGAUAAUCGCCUUGGAUUUAAUCCUUAUUGGUACUUAGAACAAUUUAAACAUGUUGACCUUUUAUUUAAUACAAUUUCUUAUAGUGAUGAAAUAUCAGUUAGCAAUUUAUUUAAUACAUUUAUUGGAAAUAACGAGAUAACUCAGAAAAUUCUAUUAGCAGGAAUGAUAAUAACAAAAUUUUAUCUUAUUAGAGCAUCACGUGAACUGAAUGCGAAUGAAAAUCUUUUAAUACAAAAGAUUUCUAAGUAUCUACAUUCAUCACAACUUCCGGAAGAUUAUAAAGCGUAUCUUUUAAACUUUAUGACAAAUAAUCAUCAAUUAUAUAAGCUAACUCCAAAUACUGAAAAUAUUGAAGUAUUUAUUUCAUCCGUUGUGGCUCACGUUGUAGCAUUGAAUAUUUCAAUUCCUGUUAAUUCAUCUCCUUUAGCUGCAUAUAUGCAAGCAUUAUAUGAUUAUAGAGAUACUUAUAUGUUGACAUGUCCAUCAGAUGAGUUGGCCUCAAUAACAAAUGUCAUAAUAGCAAAGGAUUCAGGAACAAGAAGAUAUCAGUGCAAAUGUGGAAAUGUUUAUUUUAUUGGUGAUUGUGGACGUCCAAAUCAAAUUUCUGAAUGUAAUCAAUGCAAAAACAAGAUUGGUGGUUUAAACCAUAAUCUUAAUGAAGGAAGUAGUAGUAUAGAUAGUAAUAAGAUAAACCAAUCUGUUGUAGUAAAUGAUAAACAAGGCUAUAUAGUUGAAGAUGGUGUAUUUGAUACUUAUCAUACUGUUAGAAAUUUGCACCCGGCUUCUUACAGGAUCCUCCAUCUGUUCUUGCAUAUAAUUAUUGGAGUUCAAGCACAUUUACCAACUAUUGUUACUUUUAUUAAUAAUCAAGAUAUUGAUAUAGCUCAAUACUGUAAAAAGCACAUUGAAAAUGAUUGGAAAGCAUUAAAAAAUAUUUUUAACUGCGAGGAUGAAACUUUGUCAUUAGUUAUUCAUGCAAUACUUUCGGAUAUGCUACAAGAAUCUCAACAAAACGUAGAAAUAUUUACAUUGCCAGCUCAAAGAGAAGUUUGGGAAACCCAUUUUAAUCAAAGAUACGUUUUACCAAGAAUAAAAAAUUUUAUAGGAACUGCUAAUAAUUUUCGAAUAGAAUUAGAUAAGAAUGCAGAAAAUUCACUUGAAAUCAAUGAGACUGCGAAGGUUACUGAUCAAUACAAUGAGAAUUAUUUACCUCUGCUCUGGCGAUUAAUCAGAAAACCAGAUUUAGACAAUUUCAGAUCUUAUUACAUGUCUAAUACUGAAAAUAAAGAAUUAUUCCCAUUAUUAAGCAUAUUUUUGAAACAUGAAAAAUAUUUGAAUCUUAUUCAACACCUUUUACCAAUUGUAAAAUUUACACAAAUACUAUCUUCAAGUCUCUCCCAUAAAAUUGAAAGGCAAAAGGCACAUAAAUUAACUUUCUGGCAAUUUAUUGAAGAUGAAAGCAAAAAUGAUGCCACCGGAAAACUCAAAGAGUUUUUGAAUACUGAAUUUAAUAGCUUUGCAAAUUCAUGGAAUUGUUUGAUUCCACAUAUCAAACGAUAUCAAUGUAAAGAUUUGCCACAAGAAAUGCCAAAGUUGAAUAAUAAAGUCUCAAUAGUUUAUGGAUUAUAUAUGUGUGAGCCAACUGAUGAGUCUAUAUAUCUAAGUGCAGCAAUAGAAUAUCUGGUUCAAUUACAAAAUGAUUUUCUAAACGAUAUUAUGGAAAUUUCUCCUAGAGCAU